UGCUAUUCAUAAGCUAUUAGCCCUCUCACUACCACAAUAAACCCAAAUUGUCUCUUUUCUUCUCUUUAAUUUCUGAUGUGUGCUUUGGACAAGACGAGCAAGUGUGCUUUCUUCCACAGCACAGAAGAGGAGGUCAGUAGAAGAUAAAUGUACCAACAUCUUCAGGGAGUGAUUCAGCAUUUCAUCCCAACCAAUGGCGUCCAAAGAGACCCAUCUGACUGCCACACUCCUGAUCUCCAUCCUGGCAGCGGUGCUGGGCUCCCUGCAGAUUGGAUACCACACUGGGAAUGUCAAUGCUCCAGCCAAGAUCAUUGAGGAGUUCUUCAAUCACACCUGGAGAGCCAGGCACAACGAGUCAAUGCCAGAUCACAGCCUGACUCUGCUCUGGUCGCUCUCUGUCAGCAUCAAAGACUUCGGAGCACUGCUGGGCUCGCUGGGAGUCAAAUAUCUGGCAGAUUCUUAUGGGAGACGUAACUCCAUCCUGAUCGUAAACUGUCUGUCAGUGGUGGGAGCAUGUUUAAUGUCUGCCUCCAAAAUCAGCGAGUCAUUCGAGGUCCUCAUUCUGGGACGGUUGGUGUUUGGUCUCUUCUGUGGCCUGGUGAUGAGUCUCAAUCCGCUCUACAUCCAGGAGGUGUCUCCUACAAAUCUGAGGGGGGCUUUUGCUACACUCAACCAGGUGUCCUUUGCCUCAGGCAUCCUGCUGGGAAUGGUGGCAGGUCUGGAGACAGUGUUGGGCACAGAGCAUAACUGGGCCAUGAUGCUGUCCCUGUCCCUCAUCCCGGCCCUGGUGCAGUACCUGGUCCUGCCUUUCUGUCCUGAAAGUCCUCGCUACCUGCUCAUCAACCGAGGAGAGGAGAGCAAAGCAGAGGCUGCUCUGCUGAGGCUUCGAGGAAGCGCAGACAAGGUGAUCACUGAGCUGGAAGAGAUGAAGGAAGAAGCUGCACACACUCAGACCGGCGUCACUAUCCAGGAGUUCUUCAAGAAGCAAAGAUACAAGCAGCCAAUCAUUAUCGUCCUCAUCAUCAACCUGGGCAGCCAGCUCUCUGGAUUUAAUGCAAUUAUCAAUUAUUCCACCAGGAUGUUCCAGGCUAAGUUUGAUGAAGCCAAAUAUCUGACUCUGGGCGUGGGUGCUGUCAAUGUGACCUUUACUCUGGUGGCGUUCUUCCUGAUGGAGAGAGCGGGACGGAGAAAAUUGCUCCUGACUGGUUUUAUCUCCAUAGCUGUGUGUACUUUACUAAUGACUAUUGUGGAUUCUGUCCUGCACCUGGUCCCAGAGCUGCGGAGCUUUCAGGUUCUGCUUGUUUUCUGCCUGAUCUCAGCCUACGAGCUGGGUCCCGGACCUAUCUCCUGGUUCAUUGCUGCAGAGCUCUUCGACCAGCCUGGCAGGCCCAUCGCUAUGGCCUUCACCAGCAUGCUCAACUGGGGAGGGAAGUUUGUCCUUGCACUCGUCUUCCCUCCGUUACUGAAAAUCUGCGGUGCAUACGUCUACCUCCUCUUCAUGACUGUGGCUCUGCUCGCCUUCACCUUCACCUGGAUCCGCCUACCGGAGACAAAAGGUCGCACCUUUGACGAUAUCGCAGAGGAGUUCAGAGGAGCAGAGGGAAUUCCUUUAAACAAUAAGACAGGAUUCAACACUUUCACCUGAACAACCUUUCAGCCCUCUCAUCAUCUCCUAGAGGACAAACUGUUAAAGGGUCAGUUUCACUAGACUAGAGGCAAUUACCAAACACAGCAAAGUUCUCAAAAACAGUGUUUAGUAUGACAGUUUAUCCACAUCUCAGAAACAAUGACAUUUUAAAUAAAAAACAACAAAAAGAAACAACCUCAGUGACGAUCAGGUUGUAACUGUCAAUAAUUUGGUGGCCUAAGGCAAAGACUAAUUUGAGACCCUUCUCCAUUAACUACAAGCAAUAAAAGUAAAUGAAUGAAAUAUACUGUUGCACCUCUUUUCAAUAGAAAAGCCUACAAACUACAGAAUAGGAAUCCAAAUCUGAAAUACAAAUACCCCAUAUAGCAAACAACACUUGCUCAUCAGCUCUUAGAAGAGUAUCAUAGCUCAGACUCAUCACAUCAGAGUAUUUUAUCAUUUCUCUAGGCAGGAUUUAACUGAUAAAUAAAAAAUAUGAUAUGCCAAUUUAUCACAAAGUAAUCCAUCAAUCCAUAGUUUUACUAUGGGAGGCUGAGAUGUUGCUGUUGGCGGCAGAGGUUCUCACAAUGAAGACUAUGGAUUAAUCAGAAUCUACUAAUGCAGAUGUAUUUACUCCUGGCACAUUUUUUGUAUUCAAAAUACACAUUUUACUGACUGAAAGUCAUUUUAAAACAUUUAUCUCAUAACUGAUGCACGCCUAUAAUGACUAUCUUGAGGCCUCUUGGAGCACCAAGCCUCAGGACUGCCUCUCUCUGCCAGAUGGUAAAACUGCCUAUUUCAGAAAUUUUCAUUUAAAGUAAGAUUACUAAAUUUGAGUGAAGUGACCCUUUAACUCCCUAAAUGUCUGUCCCCACUGACAAACUUUGGUCCCACUUUGAGGGAACCAGCCAGAGCAGACUGGGUGAUUUAGAGCAUCUAUGAUAUGAAAGAAGCUUUUUUUCUGGU